AUGGGCCAUCACAGGGGCGCAGAGGGAAGCCCUUCGACCUGUGUCACCACAACCAAAGAUGGUCUCCGCAAGACUCAGCCAUACUGGUACGAGUUCCAGACGUACUCCAAGCAGCGCUGGUUUGGGCGCGAGCUCAUCGAGAUCAUGACGACCGAGUUUCGUGAUCGAACCAAAGAGUACUACGUCUGGGCGAUUCACAAGGGUAUCUGCACGGUCAAUGGCCAAAAAGCUGGCAUUCACCAAGUCAUUGGCGAUGGCGAUAAGAUCUGCAACAGCGUCCACCGUCACGAGCCGCCCGUCACGGACGAGCCGAUCAAGAUCAUCCACAGAGACGACGACGAGGGGAUCCUCGUCAUUGUCAAGCCUGGCUCGAUACCUGUUCAUGCUGCUGGCAGGUACUUGCGACACACGCUCACAGAUUUGCUUCGAACAGAGCAUGGGGUCGAAAUGGUGUACACCACCAACCGCCUCGACAGGCUCACAAGCGGCAUCAUGGUCUGCUCGACCAAGAAGGAGACCGCUUCCCGGCUCGGAGCCCAGUUCGCCGCCGGCCAAGUCAGCAAGGCCUACGUUUGCCGCGUUCGAGGCCAAUUCCCCAAGGGCGAGAUCGCCUGCAAAGAACCCAUCCUCACCAUCGACCGUCAGAGCGGUGUCAACAUUGUUCAUCCCAAAGGCAAACACUGCGAGACCAUCUUUGUGCGGCUCUCGUACGACGCCGAGACCGACUCAUCUGUGGUCUUCUGCCGCCCCAUUACCGGUCGUACACACCAGAUUCGCGUGCAUGUGCAGUACUUGGGCCAUCCCAUCUGCAAUGACCCCAUCUACGGCCACGACGUGUGGAGCAAAGUGGACCCGUCCGCGUUUGCCGAAGUGGUUCCCGACCAGUGGAAGAAGGUGGGGGGCGAGAUCGGUCAGAAGGAGGUCGAGAUGAUCGUGGAUGCGAUCAAGGGCGACCAGGACGGGCAGGAGGACUGGGCGCGCUGGAAAGACGAGGUGCUGUUCAAGGACAUGAUUGCGAAGGAGGGGUUGGAGAACGUCAAUGUCCCCGGUCCUAAUGGUCGGUCCAGUCGCCCCUCGGACGAGCUGCUCAAACGUGCACUGCAGAAGUUGGAGCAAGAGAAGGGCGACUUACCCUCGAAAGGUCUCAAUCGUCCGCUCGACAUUGAGACAGCGUGGCAGAAGCGCGUACGCGAGCAGUCGUCCGACUUUUGCGCCGAAUGCAAGAUCCCGCUCUUGCCAGACCCCAAACCGGAAGAGCUCUACAUUUACCUACAUGCGAUCAAGUACUGGACAGACGAAUGGUCCUUUGAGGACGCCCUGCCCUGGUGGGCGCGAGAAGACUGGAAGUCGACCACACCGCACGGAUCGGGCACGGCUGCAGGAGCACCAGAAGCAACACUGCCACCAGGUCUAGCGGUCGCACACAAGACUGAAGCACAGCUUUCGAGUGCUGCCAUCUCGACCCUGAUCACAAGCGAGAUCGAGGAGAAGGCGUCCCGGCUGGCCGAGCCGCAAAAGUACGCCAAAAUGGAUCAGGGCGUGGAGCUCACGCAAGUCAAGCAGCUGGUGGAUUUCGCUCCUAUCGACACUGCUUCCCUUUCACUCCAUGACUCGAUCAUCACUGCGACAGAAAGCAUCAACGUUCCCAUCGUCUUUCAAGUGUUUGGCGGAUUCGAAGACUUUGCACAACGCGAGAUCCUUCGACAGACGCUUGCACGCGCUUCCAAAGGCAACGAUGCGCUGGCACCGUGCUGUGCCACUUCGUCGAGCAUCCACUCGGGGCAUGUCCGAGUGCACGACCACCAGCUGGCCAGGUACGCUCUGCAAGCGUACUUGGAUGGUAAGCUGGGUAUCUCCAAGACGGCAUAUUUGUUGACGGCGGUGCACGAGUUCCCACGUGAACUGGCCCAGGAACUCAAGCACGAAAAGCACAUUGGCGGUGCCAGCAAGAGGGCCAAGUGGAAGGCCAAGGAGCUGCGCAAGGCGUUGGCCAAGAAGGAAGGCAAGAAGCUCGGAACGCAACCGACGACACCUGGAAUGAUCGCAAAGCCAUCUAUACUGCACGCCGAUGACAACAACCACAGCAGUGUAGCAUCUGCACCGCCCGCCGCUCCUGUCGCGACAGAAGUGCAAGCAAGAGGGUUCGAUGCACCCGCUCAAGAAGACGCGACGAGCUCAGCUACCAGCGAAGCCGAGACGGACGAGGGUGCGCCUUUUCCUUCUGAGGCGAAGUUGCUUCAGCUGCUCGACGAUGCGUGGGAAUCGUCGCGUCCGCAGCUGGAUCACGCACUGAAAAGCUGGAAGACCCUUGUCGAAGCUAUAUCCGGCCAGCCUGUUGCUGCCGAACAGCGCACAUACAGAGCGAGCGUCGAUCGAGCGACGUACAACCUUCCGAGCCUCAACUCGCAGACCAUGGAGCGGUACGUCGGCGAACUGGCCUGGGACUGGCUCAAUGGGUCCGCCAAACCGAACACGUGUGUACCCACGAACUGGAGAGUCGAUCUGGAGAAACCGCUGCUCGACAUCACGCUCAAGUUUUUCCCCGGCUUUGGCAUCGGGGACGAGUUCGAGAAGGAGCUCAGCGAGGACGAUGACCCCGCUCUCAAAUCGGAAGGGCAGAUCGCGUUCAUGCUCAAGCUGCCUAUGCCAGUAACGCCGAACGCUCGACGACCAGCCGGACGUAACGCACUUUUGGUCGGAGGCACGACUAUGGCCGAGUACCGCGCUGCGUCUCUUGCGCUUGCUCUGCCGUUACCCACGGAGCGGAAGAGCCCGAACGGGGUUGAGGCGGGGCACAAGCUUGGACCGCUGCGUGUACUGGAGCCGUGCUGUGGUCAUGGCUCGCUCGUGUUCGAGACAGCGGCGAUGAUGGAAGCGCGUGGGUUGCAAGGCCAAGUGUUCGGAUGCGAUGUCGACGACGAGACGGUGGAGCGCGCACGUCAGAUCUCGACGCUCGCCGGAUUCUCACCUGACGCGGGUGCAGUUCAAGUGCACCUCCGAGGGCUCGACGGAACCGACGGCGGCGCGCUCGAAUCUUUUGUCGGCGGGCGCGGCAGCAUCGACGCCAUCAUCACGGACCUUCCCUGGGGUAAGCGCGAGAAAGCGUCACAGUCGCUCUCGAAGCUCUACCACUUUUUCCUCGAAUCGUGGUUCCCCAUCCUGCGCACAGGAGGAUUCAUUUUGACAGUGACCGCGGAACAUCGAACGCUGUCGAGGGCCCUGGCAGUGUUCGAAACGACGUGCAGGAAAAAGAGGAUGGGCGCGUGUCUCAAGAUGGAAGAUGUCGGGAUGCUUGAAGGGGGACAGGAGGGUGUUGGCGACAUGACAAAAUUUGAAGACGAUAAAGUAAAAGCACAGGGUGUGCUCGAGGCAAAACGGAACGGACAAAUGAGGAAGAUCGAGAUUGGAUAUCAUGUGUAUGCUUUCCUCAUCCGUAAGGUGGCCAUCUGA